AUGCUCGCCCCGAGCGCAACAAAUUUGAGUCUGAGGACUGUGAGCUCAAGCCGACCGCAGCUGCUGCGAACCGAAUCGCAACAGUCCGCGGCCGCCUCAGACGACUACUAUUCUUUCUCCGAGCAUACCUCGAGCUCCCGAUCGCGAAGCAGUGCCAGCCAAGCGACGGUGCGGUAUGCCACUCCGAGCUCGCACCCUGCUUCCCGCAAUCCGUCCCCUAGCAUUUCUCGCACGCAUCUAGCCCCCCCGGCGAUGGUCCAGCACCCAUCGAGCCCACUCGCGGACAUGCCGCGGGAGGAACGCAGCCAGGCCCCCUCGCCGGCUGGCUCUAUACGGUCAGCCGAGGAGAGGGAGGUCCGCUUUAAUACCAUGUCACAAAGCACUACUCGUCCUGUGGGCGUCGACAAUUACUCGGGACGGGCAGCGACCCCGGGCGUCGAUGAUUCCCCGUAUCUGCGCUUCGCUAUUAACCAACUGACGCUCGAUGAAGAGGUCAGUGGAUCGCGAAGGCCAAGCGCAGCAGGGAGCGACGAGGUCCUCGAGGACCGUGUGGUGUGGGACGACGAGCUGGGAAGCUUUAUCCGAGCCCCGGCUCCUCCCCCGGCGCCGCUGCAGCCUAGACAGCCGACGUCAUCGCAGCCUGUGGAGAGAUCGGUGCAGAACUCGGUUGAUCCCGAGGCGUUCAAUGCCGUCGAUCCCCCCGAUGAUGAUCUUCUGUAUCCGCCCUUGGAUUACAUGCCGGUUGUGCUCCGGCCGUGGACCCUGGCGGGAAUUAUCCUCUGCUGUCUGCUUAUGAUCACGGGCAUUUCCUUCUGCAAUGUGUGGUCCAGCCGUCACCAGGGGCUCUGGGCGUACGAACAUCUGGGAGACGCACGAUAUUUUGUCACGCAGUAUCUUCCGCAGAUUCUGGCAGUUGUUAUCACUGUCUGGACGUUUGUGAUCCAAGCGGCGGUGUAUCGCGCCAUGCCUUUUAUCAUAAUGGCCGUUGAGCGUGAGCGCGAACAUACAUUGGAGGAGCUUCCCAUCCUGUCCCGCAACUUCCUUCUCCCCGAUUUCUCGCAAUUUCGGCACGGAGAGCCGCUCGUCGGGUUUGCAUUGUUCACUAUCUGGCUUUCGAACCUGGUCACACUGCCACUGUUGAGCUGCUUGUUCCAAGCGAAAUGGUUCGAGGCUGAUGGUCAGGGAUCAUUUCGAUGGACGGCUGUGUUGGCAGUCGGGUGGACUCUCGUGGCUCUGUAUGGGCUGCUUACCAUCGGACUGAUCCUUCUGCUGCUGCGGUUCACUAAAGCCUGGACCGGGUUGAUGUGGGACCCUGUGAGUCUCGCGGACCUAAUUCCACUCAUUCAACGGUCGAACAUCCUGCAUGACUUUCAAUAUUCCGAGACGGAGCCCAAUGUUGCGAAUCUCAUCGACCCCCGAGUAUUGCGUCUCGGUUACUGGAAGGUGACUGGCCGCGCAGAGGUGUUCUACGGGAUCGGUGAAGUUGACGCCCCGAUUCGAAAUCCGUCUCUCCACCGUGACGUGAAGAAUCGCAAGGAACAGCCGCGUGGUUUAUCCACGGUAUCUUACGACAUCGAGCAACAUGGUGCGAAUGGGCACGAUAGCCUGCUCAAGCAUCCAUACUCGCCACUUUUCCGCCACCGGUGGGUUCCGUGGUUUCUGAAAGAUAUCUCGGUGGUAGCGUGGACGGUCAUCGUUUGUGCGUUGUUCAUUGCCUUCGUGCUCGUGAGCUUCAUACACGAUGCCAUCAAGGGUGGUUUUCCACCUCGACUGCGCACUCUACCGUCUACUGGCGCGUUCUCCUCGUCGAACUUCGUGUACAGCUUUAUCCCAGCGCUGAUCGGCAACUUCUUCUUCCUGGCGUGGCAGCCCAUCGACGUGUAUUUCCGUGCCGUGCAGCCCUUCGCGGCUUUAUCCUCGCCUGACGGGGCCCGCGCAGACCAGAGUAUCCUGCUGUCAUACCCAUCACGCCUCCCUUUCCAGGUAUCAGCACUGGCAUUCCUCAACGGCCACUACAAAGUGGCCUGGAUCUCCCUCAUGAGCCUCGUCUCAGCAGCCCUACCGAUCCUCGCAGGAGGUGUCUUCAUCGCCCUAUGGUACCCCUCCCACGACGAGAUCCGCAUCGGGGCACACAUGCCCGCGUUCUACGCCCUCAUCGUGUUCUGCGCCGUAUACAUGGCCUCCUUCCUGUGCAUCUGGCCCGGUCGCAGUCGCUACCUGCCCCACAAUAUCUCCACCCUCGCGGACCAAAUCAGCUUCCUUUACCAGAGCCCUCUCCUGGCGGAUAAACUCCUGCGCGAGCCCCGCAGCAAGGCGGACCUCGUCACCCGUCUGGUUAUCGCGCCGCCAGGCGAUCGCGAGCACUCGGUGUACGGCUUCGGCGUGUAUAUUGGCCGCGACGGCAAGGAACACCUGGGAAUCGACCGGUUCCAUCGUCCGGGCCGAGCCGACAUGUUGAUUACGACAAGGUCUAUGAAGGCUUGCCUGCGCACCGGCCGCUCUUGUCCUGGAUAUCCGCACCCGCUGGACUUUAUGCUCCGCGAUCGGAUUGCUUUUCAGCGGAAGAAGAGAACAGGCACUGGCUCGCCAGCUUCUUCGGUGUCAACACCCAGCGCGAUAGUGAAAGCCCAAAAAUUAAAGUCCAAGCAACAGAAGACCCCAACCAACGCUAGUCGUUUGCCGGUCAGUCGAAAUAGAACGUCCACUUCCACGCCAUGGCCAAUCCAGAUGAUUCCCAACAGUCUUCAUCUGCCAGUGGAAGAUACGGUAGCAACCCUAUUUUUCAACUCGGUGCUAUAUCACCGUCGUGAUCCUUUAAUCCGCGUUGGUUUCAUGGAGCUUCUCCCGCAGUCGUAUUCCAACGCGCGGCGCGGUUCCCACCUCCAGCUUGGCGCGCUGGCCGUAGCGUUCUUCUCUGUGUCGGCGUGGACGGGUCAGAGGGCUUUGCUUCAGUCCGCGGAGCAGUUCUCCAUGAAGGCUAUUUCCCAGACCCGAAUGGCCCUGCAGGGCGGUCUCCGGGGGAAUGUGGAUGAGAUUCUUAUGACGGCGUUGUUGCUUUCUGUUUAUGAUCAAUUCUCUGCUCUUAAGGAAAAGAGACGACCCUCGAAAGCACAUCUAAGAGGGGCGAUCGCACUCGUCAAUAAUCUGGAUGCUCAGCAGCGUAACUCGGUAUCUGCUAGGACAUUGGCUAAUGCGGUCCAGAUGCAAGUGGUAAAAUACUCUCUGGGCCUCACAGGUCACCCCGAUCAGCUGGUACAAAUCCCUGAAAUAUGGCCGGUUUCACCUGCAGUCCCGCAGUCAACCUCAUCUGAACUCACCUGUGCCUCAACGGAACUCGUUAACCUGCGACUCGCCUGGCAAAAAUUAAGCGCCAGCACUGAGGCCCCCAGCCCAACCCAACUCACUACUCUCCUCGACAAUGCCACCACUCUAGAUGACCGAAUAGUCUCCUGGACAAAAGCCCUCCCAGCGCAUUGGAUGCCCGUCCAAUCCACCACAAUUCCCCCGUCCAUCCUUGCCGCAGGUGUCUUUGCGAACCGCUGCGACUGCUACUCUGACCUGUGGAUAGCGUCUACGUGGAACUUCUACCGCGACUCGCGCAUCGUCAUCCACAAUAUCAUACUCCACUGUCUGUGCGUGCUUCCCCCACACAGCGAAACGUUGAAGAGAAUUGAAUCCUCCUCCAACAUUAUCUUCGCACUAGCUACGGAUAUCUGCGCCAGUGUCCCCUUCUUCUUGGGCAGUCAGAUGGUUUCCGUGCCCAUGAAUAUGGUCCCGUCCAACAGUGUAGAGUACCCGGUUGCGGAGAACAGACCGGUCACUGCGGCGCAUCAGCAAACGGCUCCGCUUCUGGGCGGAUGGUUUGUUCUCUCUUAUCUGGAGAGUCUGUCUUCGCCGAAUCUGGGGUUGGACGAGGAACUGGUCGGGUGGAUGCGGGGGCAGAUGGAACGGAUAUUGAAGAUAUACACGUUCAACGGGACGUUGAUGUAA